AUGAGACCAGCCAAUGCAACCUCUGGGAGGGACUUUGUCUUCCUGGGAUUUUCCAGCUUUGGGGAGCUGCAGCUGCUGCUUUUUGCAGUGUUCCUCUUCUUGUACCUCAUCACUCUGACUAGCAACAUCUUCAUUAUCACUGUCAUCAGGCUUGACAGCCACCUUCACACCCCCAUGUACCUCUUUCUGUCCUUCCUGUCUUUCUCGGAGACCUGUUACACUUUGGGUAUCAUCCCCAGGAUGCUCUCUGGUCUGGUCAUGGGGGAGCAGAGCAUCUCCUUUGUGGGCUGUGCUAUCCAGAUGUUCUUCUCAGCCUUGUGGGCCUGCACUGAUUGCUUCCUCCUGGCAACCAUGGGCUUUGACAGGUAUGUGGCCAUUUGCAUGCCCCUACACUACACCAGCCGCAUGAGCCUUGGCCUGUGCACCCAGCUGCUCAGUGCUUCCUUCCUGGGCGGAUGCCUCUUUGGACUUGGAAUGACAUUGAUCAUCUUCCAUCUCCCUUUCUGUGGCUCCCACGAGAUCCAGCACUUCUUCUGUGAUUCACCUCCUGUGCUAAGCCUGGCCUGUGGGGACACCAGUUCAAGUGAGCUGGGGGUCCUCCUCCUCAGUCUGCUGGUCCUGCUGACCUCCUUCUCCUUCAUCACUGUCUCCUAUAUCUACAUCCUUGCAACCAUCCUGAAAAUCCCCUCGGCUGAGGGCCGGAGGAAGGCAUUCUCCACAUGCGCCUCUCACCUCACUGUAGUCAUCAUUCACUAUGGCUGUGCCUCCUUCAUGUACCUGAGGCCCAAAGCAAGCUAUGCCCUGGAGCGGGAUCAGCUCAUUGCUGUCACCUACACAGUGGUAACACCCCUCCUCAACCCCAUCAUCUACAGUUUGAGGAACCGGGCAGUUCAGACCGCCCUGAGAAACACACUCACGGGCAGAUUCCUAGGGAAAGGCUGA